CAUACCACCCUAUAUACGGAAAAAUGAAAAAAAGUUAUAGGUGGUCAAAAUAGGGCGAUUUUAGAUUACUGAUUUUUCACAAAAAGUUUUAGAUUUUUUUUAAGCGGUACAAAAAUAUAAAAGUAUCUAUCAAUGGGUAUCAUUUUAAUCGUAUUGUCCCACAGAAUAAAGAACAUGUCAUUUUUACCGUAAAGUGUACAGUGUGAAAAUAAAACCCUCCAAAAUGUGCAAAAUUGUGGUUUUCAAAAAAUAAAUGUUGGGGUUCGCCGUACAUUUUAUGGUAAAAUGAGGUUUUAUUACCAAGUACAAGUGGUCAUGCAAAAAAACAAGCCCUUAUAUGGGUCUGUAGAUGGAAAUAUAAAAGAUUUAUGGAUUUUAGAAGCCGAGGAGGAAAAAACGAAAAAGCAAAAAUAAAAUGCUUCGUCCUUAAGGGGUUAAAAUGCAUCAAACAUAUAUGUUAAACUGAAGUCAAAAUGUGAACCAAGCCUAAUACAGUACUGCUGUCCGGAUUCCCGCCUCUGCCGUACGUUGGCGUUACGUUACAGAAAACGGGCAACGCAAGUAGUCACAAAACUAAUGUCAGAGCGUUACUUUGAGGUCAUGUGACACGAAUGUGAGGGAGGGCGCUAAAGAAACUGGCCUCCAUUUUUCUGUGUGGGCCUUCUGACGUAACUCACGCAGUGAGGAAGGGACGCUUUAGAGCUGCAGUGCCGCCUUCUAGUCAGAUGUCUAGGCUGUCACCGCCUUCUGGUCAUCUCAGUCACCGAGGCUUUUCCACCUCAUGCGCCACUGCUGCCCGGUACUAUUUGUAAACAAGUGUGGGAAACCUCCAGCCCCGUCCGUCUUUUCCUGCACCCGCCCACCGGAGCUUCCCCCAUCCAAGAUGGCGGCAGGAGGGAGCGGUGGCCUGUCGUUCCCCGGGGCCGUGAGCAAUAGCACCCCCAGCAACCGCGUUGGCUUGUUGGCAUCAUCGUACAACUAUAGCGGUGGAGCCGCAGCCACUUCCCCCGGUAACCAAGCAGCGUCUACGGUCUCUUCGAGCGGGGCCUCCCCCCCUGCGGCCCCGCCUCCGCCCCCUCCUGCGGUUGCUGGCCUCCUGCACCGGGAACCCGUGUACAACUGGCAAGCCACCAAGACCACGGUGCGGGAACGGUUUACUUUUCUUUUCAACAACGAGGUGCUUAGCGACGUGCACUUUCUGGUCGGGAAGGGAGUGGGUAGCCAACGGAUCCCCGCACACAGGUUUGUUUUAGCAGUUGGAAGCGCAGUCUUCGAUGCCAUGUUUAAUGGUGGCAUGGCUACAACGUCAACAGAAAUUGAAUUGCCAGAUGUUGAACCUGCAGCUUUUCUUGCUUUGUUGAAGUUCCUGUAUUCUGAUGAGGUUCAGAUUGGACCAGAAACUGUCAUGACUACUCUGUACACAGCUAAGAAAUAUGCCGUGCCAGCACUUGAGGCGCACUGUGUGGAGUUUCUCAAGAAGAACCUUCGCGCCGACAAUGCUUUCAUGUUACUAACUCAGGCUCGUCUAUUUGAUGAACCUCAGCUAGCAAGCCUCUGCUUAGAAAACAUAGAUAAAAAUACUUCAGAUGCUCUGAAUGCGGAAGGUUUUACCGAUAUCGAUCUAGAUACCCUUGUUGCAGUCUUAGAACGGGAUACAUUAGGGAUUCGUGAGAUCAGACUCUUUAAUGCAGUUGUACGCUGGUCUGAGGCAGAGUGCCAGAGGCAGCAGCAACCGAUAACCUCAGAAAAUAAACGGAAAGCUCUCGGCAAAGCAUUAUCACUUAUCCGUUUCCCUCUUAUGACCAUUGAAGAAUUUGCAGCAGGCCCAGCUCAGUCUGGUAUACUCACUGACCGGGAGGUGGUCAGUCUUUUUCUGCACUUUACAGUAAACCCCAAACCUCGAGUAGAGUUCAUAGACAGGCCAAGGUGUUGUCUGCGUGGGAAAGAGUGUAAUAUUAACCGUUUUCAACAGGUAGAAAGUCGAUGGGGCUACAGUGGCACCAGUGAUCGAAUAAGGUUUUCAGUUAAUCGAAGAAUUUUUGUUGUUGGCUUUGCACUUUAUGGUUCAAUACAUGGUCCAACAGACUAUCAAGUAAAUAUUCAGAUUAUUCACACAGAUAGCAAUACAGUGCUUGGACAGAAUGACACAGGAUUCAGCUGUGAUGGUUCUUCUAGCACAUUUAGGGUAAUGUUUAAAGAACCAGUGGAAAUUCUACCCAACGUUAACUACACUGCGUGUGCAACGCUAAAGGGUCCAGACUCGCACUAUGGUACAAAAGGACUACGCAAAGUUAUCCAUGAAUCUCCGACUACUGGUGCAAAGACAUGCUUUACGUUUUGUUAUGCAGCUGGUAAUAACAAUGGGACUUCAGUUGAGGAUGGACAGAUUCCUGAAAUUAUAUUCUACACAUAAGCUGCUCCUAUUCAGAUGAUAUAAGAUUGUUGCUGCAUCACAUUUUAUAUCAAAAGGGGUAGUAACAAAAGACUUGAUUGUGUGCCUAGCAUAGGACGUUUUCAGUUGGGAAAGUGUGGACUGCAUUAUGAGACCUUUGUGGACUGCAUCUACUGCCGUAUUUCCCAUAUUUAGCAAGUCUUCAGCACUUGGCAUGGCUAAUAAACAUCGUUCACCCUUACCUCAUCUCAAUCAGAGACAUGUUAAAUGCCAAAAACUACCUUCGUCAUUCUGUGCCACUUAAAUAAAUUAUGGUUUAUGUAAGUAGUAAUA